AUAUGUUUUGCGUGAAUUGGGCCAUGAAGAGAAGCUAGAAAAUCUUCCACCUAAUUCAGCUCUUGCUGGGCUGUGUGGGGGAAUGAUAAAAGCAUGGAAAAUUUAUGAUAAUCCAAAAGCUGUUAUAAUGAUAGUGGUUGAAGACGUCACAUAUAAUAUUUGUGACCAGCGCUUUCAUGAAUUUUACAUUCGAGAAAAUCAUCCUGAUGUCGGUGUUCUACGUCGAAGAUUCAGUGACCUUAAAGAACAAGCAAAACUGACUGACAACAAGGCUCUUUUUGUCGAUGGUCAUGAGGUGGCUGUUGUGUAUUACCGUACUGCAUAUGAACCAGCUCAGUAUGGAGGAGCUGAAGGCUGGAAGACUCGUUUGCUGAUAGAGCGCUCAAAAGCCAUCAAAUGUCCAAGUAUUCAUUAUCAUCUUGCAGGAACUAAGAAAGUUCAGCAGGCACUAGCACAUCCUGGAUGCUUGGAACGUUUUAUCACUGACUCAGCAAAAGUGGAGGCCAUCAGAGAGAUCUUCACAGGUCUCUAUUCCCUUGAUUUUGAUGAACAUGGUGACAGGGCUGUAGAUAUGGCUAUUGCAAAUCCAGAACGAUAUGUUUUAAAACCACAACGUGAAGGAGGAGGUAACAAUGUAUAUGGACAAAAGAUUCGGGAAAUAGUAGAAAAAAUGAAAUCUUCCAAAGAGAGAACUGCUUGGAUACUUAUGGAACGAAUAGCUCCUCCAGUACAGAAAAAUUAUAUUGUAAGACCAGGGCAGAACAAUUUACCUGAACCAACAGAUGUUGUGUCAGAAUUAGGGAUCUUUGGUGUUGUGAUUGGAGAUGCAGAGAAAAUUCUUGUAAAUGAACAAGUGGGCCAUAUGUUGCGGACAAAAUUGAGCACUGUGGAUGAAGGCGGUGUUGCAGCAGGACUAGGGGCACUUGACAGCCCCUAUCUGGCAGAUCUGUGAUGUAGAUUGCAUACCAUCAACAAGAUGAUAUGAAUUUCCAAGUGCUUUCAUUGAAAAUGUUAUUUAAUACUUGUAUUUCUGUCACUUGUUUUACAGAUUUAUGAGUACAUAUGACAUUUUUGGUUCAUCACAGGCCUACAGAAAACUAUGUAUUGUUAUUUGUAAUUAAUAUUAGUGGGGAAUGUGUAGAGUUGUGAAUGUUGUUGAUAUCUUUUAAAGUUAUUUUUGGUGGGUCAUUAAAUAUUUAAUAAAAGAACAGUAAAGCCACUAUUGUGGUCCUUCGAAUGCUUUAAGAAUCUUGGCCAUCACAGAAGAUCAUUGUUUUAUAUUAAAAUAUGUACUUUGUAAUAAAAAUCACAGAGAUUGAAA